CUACAACUAGCUUUCUAUUUAUAAUUCGUAGUGCAUUGUUUAUACCUCACAUGAUUUUACUAUAAUCGAACAAAUGACAGCGAUAGGAAUCGACUUGGGGACAACAAACUCUUGCGUGGCUGUUUUUCGAAAUGGAAAGGUUGAAGUUAUUGCAAACGAUCUCCAAGGAAAUCGAGUUACACCGUCCUAUGUAUCGUUCACGAAAGGUGAAAGACUUGUCGGUGAACCGGCCAAAGGAGAGUUGACGGAAAAUUGCGAGAAUACUCUUUACCAAAUCAAGCGUUUGAUUGGACGAACCUAUGAUGAUCCUUCGGUUCAGGCUGAUAUGAAACUGUGGGGAUUCACCGUUAUUAACGAUGAUAACAAACCUAAGAUACCAGUCAACAGCUCAUUAGGAAAUAUAUUCUGCCCAGAACAAAUAAGUGCGAUGGUUCUGGAAGAAAUGAAAAAAACGGCUGAAGUAUUUUUGGCUGAAACCGUAACUGAUGCAGUCAUUACAAUUCCCGCAUAUUUCAACGAUGCCCAACGAAAAGCAACUCAUGAUGCUGGUGUAAUAGCAGGUCUCAACGUUAUUGGUAUGAUCAAUGAGCCGACUGCUGCAGCUGUGGCGUAUGGUCUGGAUACAGAGAGCAAAAAUGAACGAAAUGUUCUCAUAUUUGAUUUCGGAGGAGGCACUUUCGACGUAACAAUCGUGAAAAUUAAAGGCCGCAAGUUUGACGUGAUUGCAACGGGAGGUGACACUCAUCUGGGAGGCGAAGACUUUAAUAAUAAGCUUAUGGAAUAUUUUGUUUCUGUGUUUAAACAACAACACGGUGCGGAUAUAUCAGACAACAAAACAGCAUUAAACCGAUUACGAGUGGAAUGUGAGGAAGUAAAACGAAAAUUAUCGACGUCAGAUCGGAUUAAGGUUCAAGUUUAUGCUUUGCAAGGAGAACGCGAUUUUCACAGCGAAAUUUCGAGAGCAAAAUUUGAAGAGCUGAAUCGCAUUUUCUUCGAUAAGGUUCUUGAUACUGUGAAGAAUACUCUUUCUGAUUCCGGAAUCAAAAAGGAAAAUAUUGAUGACGUUGUUCUUGUCGGAGGUUCUACGCGAAUUCCUAAAAUCAGAAAAAUGUUGGAAAAGUAUUUUGACAACAUGAACCUCAAAAGAACUAUCAAUCCGGACGAAGCAGUUGCUUAUGGUGCUGCCCUAUACGCUUUUUCACUUGGUUCUGUCGAGGAUCCUGCUUUGAAAGAAUUCGCUCUUGAAGAUGUUAUUCCACUUUCUAUUGGCAUCGAAAAUCACGACGGAACAAUGGGUUUUGAUAUUCCGCGAAACACGAAGAUUCCAACCAAAUUAUGGCACACCUGACAUACCAUUGUGGAUAACCAAAAAGAAAUGUUAUUGGAGAUUUUUGAAGGCGAGCGCACAUUGACCAAAGAUAAUCAUUUUCUUGGGGAAUUCACCAUAUCGGACCUGCACCAAGGAAAAAAGGCAGAGUCAAAGUGUUACUCGAGAUUAAUGCGUGUGGAAUUCUCCAUGUCAGAGCGAUUGAGAAAAUUACUGGAAAUUCAAGUGAAAUAACUAUUGCAAGAGACAAAGGACGAUUGAGUGAGAG